GGCGAUUACCAUCCAAUCUGGUCGAUACGGAUCGAUACAAUCCGAGUUCUAAAACCAUAGUUCCGAAUUCCAAUAGGAUUUCAUUCGCGUGAUCUCACCUUCCCCUCUUCUCUCUCUCUCUCUCUCUUAGAUUCUUACCCACACACACUGGAGCGCUCUGUCUGGGGCUGUCUCUCUGUGUUUGUUUGCGUCUUACCUAUAUUUUGCAGAUUUUCUACCCAAUGUUAGAAGACCGGUUGUUCAAACUUUGUAAAAACCGAAGAAAACGAGAAGAGAUCAGAAACGGUGAAGAAUUUAGAAAAAAUAAUUUUUUGUUUCUUUCGUUUUCUACAUUUCUCUGCGCAGAUCUUUCUUUCCCAUAAAAACCCUCUUUCCUUUUCGUCCUAAACAAGGAAUCUUACCGGUAAUUCGAAUUCUCGUUUGGUAAAGCUGCUGAUUUAAGGCAUGAGUGGGGGAGAUCUUCUCAGCAUUCAACCUUCCGAGCUCAAGUUUCCAUUCGAAUUGAAUAAGCAGAGCUCGUGUUCUCUGCAACUCGGUAACAAGACGGAUCAAUAUGUAGCCUUCAAGGUUAAAACGACCAACCCCAAGAAAUACUGUGUUCGUCCGAACACGGGGAUCGUUUUACCUGGGUCAACAUGUGACGUUACUGUUACAAUGCAAGCCCAAAAGGAGACUCCACCUGAUAUGCAGUGCAAAGACAAGUUCCUUCUUCAAAGUGUGGCCGCACCUCAUGGUACAAGCGCCAAGGAUAUAACCCCAGAAAUGUUCAACAAAGAGCCUGGUAAAGUUGUUGGGGAGUUCAAAUUGAGGGUGAUUUAUGUUCCUGCAAAUCCCCCGUCACCGGUCCCUGAAGGAUCUGACGAAGGAUCUUCUCCAAGGGCAUCUGUGCUGGAGAAUGGCAACCAAAACAACGUGUUGUUUGAUGCUGUUACGGGAUCUGGAUUGGAAGCUAACCACACAAGAUUUAUGGAGGAGCCUAAAAGUAAAUCUUUGGAGACGUUGCCUAUGAUUUCCAAGUUGACUGAGGAGAAAACUUCUGCCAUGCAACAAAAUCAGAAGCUGCGUCAAGAAUUGGAGUUUCUGAGAAAAGAAAUUAGCAAAAGCCGUUCUGGUGGCUUCUCCUUCCUGUUUGUGGUGUUGGUUGGCCUGUUGGGUGUCCUUGCCGGGUACCUUGUUAAGAAAACUUAGUCAUAACAGUAAAAUUAAAGCCUUUCGUUGCCUGCAAGCCCACAUCGAUCGUAUGUUUAGAUGUUGUUUUCAGAACUUAGUCGAUGGACCUCUUCUGGUAUGGUAUCAAUCAAUGUAAAAAGUGGCUGUCCAUUAUGUAUUAUUGUCUGUUGCAUCUCAACUCAUUAUGUUAAUGGAGAGUUUUUAUUUUAUUUUCUUUUUGUUGAUUUAAGUUUGUAAACUUGAAUUAAUGAUUAAUUCAAGAAUCCGAAUUAGGAUCA